AUGAACCUGAAAAAGCACCACUUCACCAUUGGGAACGACCUGAUGGACCUUGGCAAAGAUUGCACAGAUGCAUUUUCAAAAUGGAUUGAGAUAAUACCUACCAAAACCACAACAACUACUUGGUGCGUCCAAAAACUGAAAGAAUUAUUUUGCACCUUUGGAAUACCACGAAUUUUAGUUUCUGACAACGGACGACAAUUUAUCUCAGAAGAGUUUGAAGCAUUCCUCAAAGACAGUAUGAUCGUUCAUAAGACGUCUGCUCCAUACCAUCCAGCAACGAACGGUCAAGCCGAACGAUACGUUCAAACAGUGAAAAGGAUACUACGAAGCUUAGAGGGGGAAGGAGGCACAAUAUAUCAAAAGCUCCUCACGACUAAAACACGACUUCGUCGAACGCCGGACGCUAACGGCCAGACCCCCUACCAGCUUAUGUUUGGUAGGGAGGUACGCACGUCGCUACAUGCCAUGUUCUUGAGAGGGGAACUCCGACGACCAUCAGAUAAACACCAGCCACAUCUUAUCAAAAAGUUCAAUCCAGGCGACCGCAUCCAGGCCCGUGAUUAUACUAUCGGCUCCACGCAGCGCUGGCGUUUCGGGACCAUUCAAGAACGUUUAGGGAGACUACAUUAUAAAAUAAUAACUGACGACGGCUCUGUCUGGCGUAGGCACAUUGACCAGCUCCUAGCUGCUCCCUUGGUCCAAAGCUAG